UGGCACAGGCGAAAACACGUUGGGCGAAAACACUGCUGAUCAGCGCCGGCGGUGGCUGGGGACUGAGAGAGAGAGAGAGAGGGACCACGCCCCGCGCGAGACACCUCUAGAGAAAAAAGAAAAAGAAAAAAAAAGCCCACCUGGCCAGUCUGACGCGUGCGCGUGAAGAAGGAGGCAGAGAAAACAAAGACAAGGAGGUAAAAAAGGACGAACUUUUCUCAGCAAGAGCGACAAAAAGGGAAGAACACCUAAAAAAGAGAAGAGAAACAAAACAGACCGCCACUGUACGCCUUUCCGAGAAAAAGGGGGAAAGGAAACGACUGUUAACAUAUGGAGAAGAAGGGACGCUACCUGGAUCUGGAGGAGCAGGAGCCAGAGGAACACCGGAAGCAGGAAAAAGGAGGGAAGAUCGCCGGAAUGUUCCGAAGAUCCCCUAAACCCACUAAUCGCUCUCUACCUGAACAGGACAGUCUUUCUACACACAGUGAACUCUCGGGCAGCAACGACAAUCUCUUUGACGUCAACACAAAGGAGAAAGGAGGAAUGUUCAGUGGAAUGUUCAGAAACAAAUCUCCCAAACGUUCUAAAGAGCUUACACCUGCACAGGACAAUGUAUCCACACACAGCAAGCUCUCUGUCAGCAACGACAGUCUCUCUGACAACAACAACUCAAAGGAGAAAGGAGGAAUGUUCAGUGGCAUGUUCAAAUCUCCAAAACGUUCUAAAGAUCCUACAGCCGCCCAGGAUAAUGUCUCAACACACAGUGAGCUCUCCGCUAGCUAUGACAGUCUCUCUGACAUCAGCUACACGAAGGAAAGAGGAGAUGAUCUCACUGGAGUUCGAAGAGCCCCUAAACCAUCUCAGCGUACAAGACCUAUACAGGACAGCCUGUCUUUACACAGUGAUCUCUCCCUCAGCUGUGAGGAUCUGUCUGAGAGCAGCUCAAAGUCUGGUAUCAUGGGGAAGAUCCUGAGAAACCCGUUCCGUGCCGCUUCCCAGGACAGGAAUAAAUCUGAGCCUGAGCAAGAUGCUGGUGAAGGCUCUCCACCCACAGCACGACGUUCUGGAGCAAAACAGAAUGGAGUUAUGAACGGUAUCCUGAAGAAUCCCUUUCGUUCAGGGACCCAGGAGAAGGAGCAGGACUCUGACUCUGAAGAGAAGCCCACCAGCACUGAACAUCAGCCAAAACACAAGCAGAACGCUGUGGUUGGAGCCAUUUCCAAGCUGAAUCCGUUCCACUCUGCUUCCAAAGAGAGACAUCACAAACCUGAGGCAAAUCUCCCCAUCUAUGAGAAUGUGGUCCCCACAAGCCAGGACCGUGAUCAAAAACCCGAUGAAUACCCCCCCAGCUAUGAGACUGUGGUCCACACAAGCCAGGAGAGUGAUCACAACCUUGAGGAAAAUCUCCCCCUCUAUGAGGAGGUGAUCCCCACAAGCCAGGAGAGUGAUCACAACCUUGAGGAAAAUCCCCCCCUCUAUGAGGAGGUGAUCCCCACAAGCCAGGAAAGGGGGGAGGGUGGACCAUCAGAAGGAGAGGUGAAGAAAAAGAGGGAGGAAGCCCCCCGGGACAGAGUGCCAAAGAAAGGGAAGAAACCCAAGAACCCCUUCCUUCCAGCAAAGGGAGCCAAGGGUAGAACACGAAGGGAGCCCAGGAGUGAAGAUGCCUCUGGGGACACAAGCAGUGACUCAAAAUCAAAAUUUACACAGGGCGGAACACAGGACGGUGAGGGGAAGGGGAAGCCCCCGAAUUGGCUGGACGAAUACCGUGCCGGCGGGACGGAGCCGGAGGAGACCGGGGAGGAAGAGGAACAGGACGGUGAUGGUCUCAUGGAGUGGUGGAACAAUGUGGAACAGUGGGAUGACGUGACUCAGGACGACGAGGAUUUAACUGAGAAAGAAGAGGCGAAGGCCUUCGCGCUGACGGCGGACAAGGUGCAGAAGGCGAUCCGUGUUUUUAACAAGCUGUUCACCGAGCGCGCGGAGGGCCUGUGGCAGCACGUGAUCGACCUGCGCACCAUCGCCGACGGCAUCGACCGCUUCAACAAGAAGACCAAGAUCGCCGCCAUCACCGGCGGCUCCACCAGCGCCCUGGGAGGCAUCGCCACCAUCGCCGGGCUGGCCCUGGCCCCCGUCACCAUGGGAACCUCGCUGAUCGUCACGGCGGUGGGGCUGGGCGUGGCCACGGCCGGCGGCCUGACCUCGGCCUCCGCCAGCAUCUCCAACACUGUCAACAACUCCCUGGACCGCAAGAAGGUGGAGAAGAUCGUGGAGGACUACCAGUCCAAGAUGGCCGACAUCAGCAAGUGCAUGAACUUCAUCAAGCAAGGGAUCGAGAACCUGCGCAAGUACGACGUGGUGAAGAUGAAGAACCACGCCUACAACCAGGACUUCCCCGCGCUCACCAACAUCUACGAGGACGGCGCCAUGGCCAGCAAGGCCCUCCUCAUCAACACGGGCGAGAUCAUGCGGGUGGUGCAGAUCGCCAACGUGGCGGGGAGCACGGCCGCGCGCGCCGUGCAGAUCGCCAGCCUGGCCACCGGCGUGCUCACCGGCCUCUUCGUCGGCAUGGACAUCUACUUCGUGGCCAAGGACUCGCGCGAGCUGAAGAAGGGCGCCAAGACGGAGUUCGCCGCCAAGAUCCGGGAGGUGGCGGAGCAGCUGCACGAGGGCCUGGUGGAGCUCAACGCCAUCCGGGAGGAGAUGCAGGACGCCAGCAGGAACAGCUUCACUUGAACUACGUUUCCCACAAGCCUCUUCUGCAGUGAUCUGGACUUAUUUCCCCCACAACCCUCUUCUAUCAUCGAAACUCUUCCUCAGCUGAUUUCACUUUCCCCAUGAUCUUCUCCUGUUGUCAUUUAAUCUCAAUUUUCCACCACUUCUCUGAAGUUUUCUUACUUACUCCAGUUUAGCUCUGCCUUCAUCUAAAUGCACUUUCCCAUGAUCCUCUUCUGCUCUCAUCUUAAGCCUCUUUCACACCAUCCUCAUCUAUGUAAACUCUACGCUCAUCUAAACUCCUUUGUUUUACAAUACUCUGCUGCUAUCUGAAUUCCCUUUCCCAUAAUAUUCUUCCUAAUUAUCCUGUGAAUACAACACCCUUUGCUGCUUUGUUGGGGUGUAAAGUGUCAUAGAACAUCUGAAAGGGGGUUGGGGGGGGAGCUGUAGGAAGUGGGGUCCAGAGGUCAUCGACUUUGUCAAGCUCUGAACCUCACCUCCCAUAAUGCUUUGUGUUAAAGGAUUCAUGAUGAUCUACCUGUUGAACGCAGUUUUGACCUGGACAAAGGCCGUUUUUCCCCACUUCGAACAAUGCAGAGAAGCAUUUGAGCAACACUAGUGAACUUAAACCACACCACUGCUUGUUCCUGCAGUAGGGAGUAACAACUGAAUGUUGUAAUUUUUAAUGCUAUUUCUUUAAUGUGUUUUCCUUUACAAUAUGUAAAUAGACUUGGAUAUGACCUAGUUUCACUAAUAUUUGGGAUUGAUUAGUUUUCAAUUUGCUGUUGUGUAUUUUUGUCACAUUUUCAGGAUGUGCAGUUUGAAAAUUCCUGAACUACAAAUGAUAUUUUUGACAAAUUUUGCACAUUUUUUAAUACUUACAUUUUUUUUUUUGUUUAGAGAAAAUGCUUGGACCCUCAUACCACCAUGUUCGGUGAUUGGAUCAAAAUGUUUUGUUUUUUCUUUUUUGUUGAGAGUACUGGAAUUUAGGUGGUUCCGAACAGAUAGUUCACAAACCUUUCACGGUGUAAUGUUUUCUGUUUUGCUUGGAAAAUUCUGCUGUGUUCCUGAAAUUGUCAAAAUAUGGUAUUGACAUUUAGCACAGCUUGCCUUCUGUGAAACUUGUGGACGAUAGCCUGUUUCUCUGAGGGUUUCAAAUUCCCCACCUACAGGACACAGGCAUUUAAAUCCUUCAUGUUGGCCUCUCCUGGGCCAGCAUUAACAGCCCUGGAUGAAAACACUACAUUCCUCAACUCUGUGGUUUGAUUACACUCAAAAUGGUCAAUGCAGUACUGUUGUAUGUAACUGGAGACCGUGGCUACCGUCUUCAUUGGAUGCGGCCAUUUUGUCUUCCCAAGAGGUGUCAAACUAUCCUUUCUGCACACUGGUUUGAAUCCUAUAUUUAUUUUUAACUCUGUGUUUUAGUAUUAAAUUAUAUAUUUUGUAUAGAUGAGACUUCUGUAGUCAGUUUUAAACAAGAUAUAGAAAGUUAUUAGAGAUUAAAGUAUACAUAGUGUUUAAAUGACUGCAAUAAAGUAUUCGUAUUCUUUACGAGAA